CGCUAAUGGCAAAAAUAAUUCACAAUGUAAACACUCAAUCUCUUCAUCUCCCCCACGAGAAAUACUUGCACAAUGCCACGACGCCGUGAGCACAGACCGUGACAGGCGAUUACAUUGGAUAGACUUGGAAAAAUACUUGGUGCUGUUUUAUGUUUUCACACGUUCCGCGACGUUGGAACCGACAGCGUUAUAAAAACAUGAAGCUAUCUUACGGUGCUAGCUUUAGCACAACUAGCUAACAUUCUGCAAGGCUUUUGCGUUUCAGAUAAAGGAACAGGGUGUCGCUGUGAUCUUGCUGUCAGUGGUUGCACAAUUGGUAGCUUUGAAUUUGUUACGAAUGUCUAAAAGAGAAUGGACCCGUCUGUAGCUAAUGUAAACUCGCCACUGCCUCUUCAGCUUUAGUCAUUUAGCAACUGCUGUUACCGUCGGUCAUAGCUGGAAUUGGCACAGUUAAGCUAGUCAAGUUGUUAUCCGAGUAACUGUAGCCGAAUGGGGUGGAGUUGUUAUUAGUAUUGCCGCAUAGGCUAAAACAACGUUGGGUAGGUCCGUUGCCAGUGUAGGAAAACGGUCUCAUACAAAAUGGUGUUAAGGAGUUGCUGGAAAUCGCGACAUAAAAACAACUCUGGACCGACUCCGUUUUGGAUCCGAUCAGGAUUGGCAGCCCUGUUUUGGUUAUGUGUGACCCAGUUUACUUGCGGCAGCGAAGCAGCGGGGGGGACCAAAAAUGUGGUCCAGAAAGAUGCAGAAUUUGAUGUCACCUAUAAUGACACGGUUACUAGUGAAAACCAAACCAUGUAUGCUUUCAAUCACACCGUCUCCAGGAAUAAGACGGAGGGAGUGCGUGUGUCUGUGGAUGUGUUGUCACAGGGUUUGGAGAGUCCUAUCCUGUUUGUGGUGCGGCAGAAGCAGGCUGUCCUGUCUUUUCAAGUCCCUCUCAUACUAAGAGGCCUCUACCAGAGGAAGUACCCGUACGAUCAUGUGGGUCGGACACUGUGCCAGCCUCCGACUCGGGCUGCCUCCGAGACCCAAUACUUCUUUGUGGAUGUGUCCACCCUGUCCAGCCAGGGUACAAACUACCAGCUCAGGGUCAGCCGUGUUGAAAGCUUCACCCUGCAGACAGAUAAGAAAUUCAGCUUCACCGCAUCACCAUCCCAACCUCAGUAUUUCAAGUAUGUCUUCCCAGAUGGGGUGGACACUGUGAUUGUCAAGGUCAGCUCAGACAUGGCCUUUCCCUGCUCCGUUAUGUCCGUCCAGGACAUCCAGUGCCCUGUCUAUGACCUUGACAACAAUGUGGCCUUCAUUGGGAUGUACCAGACUAUGACCAAAAAGGGUGCAAUCACUGUGCAGAGGAAAGAUUUUCCUAGCAACAGUUUCUAUGUGGUGGUAGUUGUAAAAACAGAGGAUGAGGCAUGCGGAGGCCCGCUGCGCUUCUAUCCUCUUCUUCCUGAUGAGCUGAUCGACGCUGGUAACCGCACCAAGGUCCUCGAUGUGGUGGUCUCCCCAGCUAUCAACUCGGAGGUGUACGUGAUGGGCAUGCUGUUCUGUCUGGGUAUCUUCCUCUUCUUCUACUUGCUCACCUUUCUGGUAGCCUGUCUGGAGAACAAGCAAAUGAAUAAGAAGAGAGAGGUGUUUCACAAUCCUGCUGACAUGUCGCCUGCUGAGACAGCCUCUCUGCUUGGGAAGAAUGGAGAUGGCAAGACUCCAGCCUCAUCGUAUGAAUAUGGCUCCUUUGCUGAUAAUGGCAGCCCGCUCAGUUCAGAGGCUAUCACUGACAGCGCUACAUCAACUGACAACAACUAUGGAUACAUGGAGCGAUCAUUGGACAGUGUUGGACGAAGCAGGCAGGAGUCUCUGAGCUCUGUGGAGGAGGAUGACUACGACACACUGGACGACAUUGACUCAGACAAAAACAUUGUCCGCACCAAGAAAUUUCUAUGUGUGUCUGACUUGGCUCGCAAAGACAAAAGGAUCCUCAGCAAGAAAUACCAAAUCUACUUCUGGAACAUUGCGACUAUUGCUGUGUUUUAUGCGCUGCCAGUCAUCCAGCUGGUCAUCACCUAUCAGACGGUGGUCAAUGUUACAGGAAACCAGGACAUCUGCUUCUACAACUUCCUGUGUGCCCACCCCCUGGGAGCCCUCAGCUCGUUCAACAACAUCCUCAGUAACCUCGGUUACGUGUUGCUGGGACUCCUCUUCCUCCUGAUCGUCCUCAAAAGAGAUAUCGUCCACAAUCGUGCCCUCGUCCGCAAUGAUCUAAACGCACUGGAAUGUGGUAUCCCAAAGCACUUUGGCCUGUUUUAUGCCAUGGGCACGGCUCUGAUGAUGGAAGGCUUGCUCAGUGCCUGCUAUCACGUCUGUCCCAACUACACCAACUUCCAGUUUGACACCUCCUUCAUGUAUAUGAUUGCUGGACUGUGUAUGUUGAAGCUGUAUCAAAAGAGACACCCAGACAUUAACGCAAGUGCUUACACUGCCUAUGCCUGCCUGGCUGUUGUCAUCUUCUUUUCUGUGCUGGGAGUGGUAUUUGGGAGAGGAAACAUGGUGUUCUGGAUCGUUUUCUCAGUGAUCCACAUUCUGGCCACUCUGCUUCUCAGCACACAGCUCUACUACAUGGGCCGGUGGAGGUUGGACUCCGGGGUGCUGCGCAGGAUUGUGUAUGUCAUCUACACAGACUGCAUCAGACAGUGCAGUGGACCUAUGUAUAUUGACCGGAUGGUUCUGCUUGUAAUGGGGAACAUAGUCAACUGGUCUUUAGCUGCCUACGGCCUCAUAGAGAGGCCUAAUGACUUUGCCUCCUACCUGUUGGCCAUUGCCAUCUGCAACUUGCUGCUCUACUUUGCCUUUUACAUCAUUAUGAAGCUGCGGAGCGGGGAGAGAAUCCAGUGUCUGGCUUUGGUGUGUAUUCUGUUCACAGCUGUGGUGUGGGGCUUUGCACUGUACUUCUUCUUCCAGGGUCUCAGCACUUGGCAGAAAACUCCAGCAGAGUCUCGUGAGCACAACAGGGACUGCAUCCUACUUUCAUUCUUUGACGACCAUGACAUUUGGCACUUCCUGUCGUCCAUCGCCAUGUUUGGAUCCUUCCUGGUCCUCCUCACCAUGGAUGAUGACCUUGACACCGUCCAGAGAGACAAGAUCUUUGUCUUCUAGAUUUGUGAGAUCUCGUGUGAUGGGCUCAGCUCUGCCUCUCUGCCUUAUUGCCUCAUCAUCUUUCUCUGUCUGCGUCUCCUUCAUGUUUUAAAGAAAAAGCACAGCCAGCAGCCUGUAUUUUUUUGCCAGGCUUUGAGAACCUCUCUGCUUCUCACAGCCAAUCAGCCAGUCAGGAAAGGGCAGUAGCCCCUCCCACCACUUGUAUGGACACAAAUGUGCCAGUGAGGAGCUGUGGUGGCGUUGAGUGAUUCUGAAAUGUUCUGUCCACUUGCUGCCAUCAUCAAUAUAACUGUGGUCCAUGUUUACUUACAGCUGAUGAUGAAGAUAACAAUGUACACACUUACUAGAAUAAACACAUCUGAAUUAACUUAUUUUAUACUGUCUGCAUAACAUUUCAACUGCAAGCCAACAAUACAUUUUGAAAUUACAGUUUAUAUGCUGUUUAUAUGCUGUGUGAGUGUUUGUACAGGUGUGAGUGUCUUUACCAAUGUUAAUGUACAUGAACAUGAAUUCUGUCCAGUCUGUCAGUGGCCUUUAAUGUUCUAAUCAUGUUAGUCACAUACUGUGCUCUGAUUGGUCAGAUCCUCCAGCUGUCCUUCUCAUUGAAGAAUAUGAUGAUUGUAUUUACUUCUUGACUGCCCUCAAGUAUGAAUGCAAAUGAGUUUUUUUUUGCACUGUACUGUUUAGAACAGCUAACUUUAAUGUCAAACAUUGCAGCGGUUACUGAAUAAAGGUCUCAUUUUCA